CCCUGUGGAGGAGAACAGAGAUACAAAGAUAAUCUCAAAAGAUGAGAAAGGUCGCACUGCUAGCGGUUCUGGUAGAAACUUUUGGGUGAGUGGACUGGCUUCCACUACCAGAGCUACAGAUUUGAAGAAUCUGUUUAGCAAAUAUGGGAAGGUGGUAGGUGCAAAAGUGGUCACCAAUGCUCGCAGUCCUGGUGCUCGCUGUUAUGGCUUUGUUACGAUGUCUACAGCUGAGGAAGCAACAAAGUGUAUUGCUCACCUCCACAAAACAGAGUUACACGGGAAAAUAAUAUCUGUAGAAAAAGCAAAGAGUGAACCUGCUGGAAAGAAGCCAAGUGAAAGAAAAGAGACUGAAGCAAGGAAAGAAACAGUCAGUGAGAGACCUGGCAGUGUUAAAAGGGAUGAGAAAUCUGACCAAAAAGAGGAUCCAAAAAACACAGAAGACAAAGAUGAAAAGGAAAAAAAAGAUAAAGACGAACUGAAGUCUGGUUCAUUAGAUCAACCUAAAACUAUUAAAUCAGGAAGUAAAGGAACAGAAAGAACAGUAGUAAUGGAUAAAUCCAAAGGAGAACCUGUUAUUAGUGUGAAAACAUCAACUGCAUCAAAAGACAGAAGCAUUAAGAGCCAAGAUCGCAAAUCAGGGAGCAGAGAGAGACAAGGCAUUGUGCCAUUUGACAAAAUUAAAGCACAGCGAAAAAUGAGGGAGGCAGAGCAGCGCCGCACACGUGAGCGUCGGGAGAGACAACAGCACCUGCAGACUAUCCGGGAACGAGAAGAAAGGGAGAGGCUUGAGAUUGCUCGUGAGAGACUGGAAAUCGAAAGGCAGCGUCUUGAACGAGAACGGAUGGAAAGAGAAAGAUUGGAAAGAGAACGAAUGCACAUAGAGCAUGAAAGGAGAAGAGAACAAGAUCGCAUUCAGCGAGAAAGAGAAGAGCUGCGACGCCAGCAUGAACAGCUGCGUUAUGAGCAAGAACGUCGGUCUGCAAUGAGAAGACCAUAUGACAUAGAUGGCAGGAGAGAUGAUCUGUACUGGCCAGAGGCAAAACGUAUGGCAAUGAAUGACAGGUACCAUUCAGAUUUCAGUCGCCAGGAUCGCUUCCAUGACUUUGAUCAUAGGGAUCGUGGCCGUUAUCAAGACCAUUCAAUAGACAGGAGAGAUGGAUCAAGGACCAUGAUGGGAGAUCGGGAUGGACAACAUUAUCCAGAUGAGCGUCAUGGAGGACCAGACCGUCAUUCACGAGACUCUCGGGAAAGUUGGGGUAGCUAUGGAUCUGACAGAAGAAUGAGUGAAAGUAGAGGGAUACCCCCACAGUCACGGGAUGGACGUGACUGGGGAGAUCACGGUCGAAAAUUUGAAGGGCAUCAAGAUCGCUCAUGGCAGAGCAGCGUGGAUGGAGGAAUGAUAGGACGGGAUCAUGAGAGAUGGCAAGGUGGAGGUAGAGGCAGACCUGGCCAUGUGAUGCAUCGUGGAGGCAUGUCAGGGCGUGGAGGUUUCAUGCAGGGUGGCAACCAAAGUCAGAUGAUGCAUGGAGGAGGAAUGCAAGAAGGAUUUGCUGGCCAGGAGAGAGCAAACAGACCUAAUGAUCCUCGUUUCAACCGUCGCUACUGAAUGUGUUUUAAUUUUUAAUGCAAGAUGGCAACUGAAAUGAAUCUGUUACCCAGGGUUACAAUUAAUUGUAACUUACGGGCUACUCUUAAGUGUAAUUUUUCUUUUUUUUUUUUUUAAGCUGCUGCCAUAUGUCACUCAAUCCAAUGUGAACUCAUUUGUUUUGUAAUGUGUUGUUCAUAUCCCAUUCAAAAUGUUUGUUAAUGAAGCAUUCCAUUUUCCAUAAAUAAAAGUCAGUUUACAAUUA